AUGGCUCUACCCCUAUCUUACACUCCUUUGAAAGACCUAAAACCAUACAAAAACGCUUGGCGUAUUCAAGUCAAAAUUCUCCACAGUUGGAAAAUGAAUACCGCUAAACUUGGUGAAUCACUCGAACUAAUUCUCGCUGACGAAACAGGUGACAAAAUAGGAGCUUCUAUCAGAAAGGAUCAUAUCAAAAAGUUUGAAUCUGAAUUGAAGCCUGGAUCUUGGAAAGUUAUAUCAACUUUUGGUUUGAAUCUCUGUACAUCCUACUUGCGUCCUUCUCUUAUUAAGUAUAAGAUUAGUACCAGAUAUGGUACCACAAUUAUUCCUUCUGAAAAUGUAUCUGAUGAUCAUUACCUAUCAUUCACAUCGUUUGAUAGUAUACUUGCUGGAAAUCUUGACAAAAAUCUCCUGCUAGACGUUAUUGGUCAAGUAGUCAGUUCUGGAGGUUUAGAAGAAAUCACAAGUCGUAACAACAUUACCAGGAAGAAAAUUGAGUUUGAGAUAAGAGACACUGAGGAUAAACGAUUAUCAUGUACUCUAUGGGAAACCUACGCUGAAGCUUUAGAUCGUGCUAUCAAUGAUUCAAGUGAUGGAAUGGUUAUGUGUUUCCUACGCUUUGUUAAACAAAACAGCUAUAAAGAAAAACGAUACAUUGAGAAUGCUUUCGAUUCUUCUAUCUUGAUGAUCAAUCCUCAGUUACCAGAGAUGGAGGCUUUUCAGAACAUGUAA